AAAAAGAGACAAAAAUCGACUUCGUGGAUAUUGGUUUUCUUGUCGUCGUCAGCGGAGUAGGUUUUUUUUCGGGUUUUCUGAAUUUAAUCCAUGAUUGAAUACAGAUUGUAUUAUCACCUCCAGGUGCGAGGAAUGAUAAGUAUGUGAAGAAAGUAGUUGAUUGUGAAAAUUCACCGUUUGCGUAACUGUAAAACCAACGUCAGUUGUAUUAUGCUGUGAUUUUGAUGUUUAAAUUAUAAUCGGAAAAAAUGUUCAAAAUUGAGUCCUACAUAACACCGAUAAUCCUAAGUUACGUAGAAAAAUAUGUCAAAAACAUCCGUCCGGAGGAUUCACAGGUUUCGCUGUGGGGUGGUGAGGUGGUUUUCCAAAAUUUGGACCUGAAGCUUGAUGUGCUGGAAGAAGAACUGUCACUGCCAUUCCAAUUUCUUUCCGGACACAUCCACGAACUGCUAAUCCGGGUACCGUGGACUAAAAUCGCGUCGGAACCGAUUGCAAUCACCAUCAAUACCAUCGAGUUUGUGCUGAAGCUGCAGGAACCGGCAGACCGUACCGGAUCGAAAAGGGAUGGUAACAGAAAAAAACUGAACACCGAAGAAGCACCACCGCCGGGAUACAUGGCAUCGCUGAUUAAUAGAAUUGCGAACAAUAUUUCCAUUCGAUGUCACAACGUAAUUCUCAAAUACGUCGAAGAGGACAUUGUGGUGUCCAUGAAUAUUCAACAGUUAUCGAUGGAAUCGGCGGAUGCCAGUUGGAAUCCAGCCUUCAUCGAUAUUUCACCGACCAGAGUUUCGUUGAGAAAGUUGAUUAACAUCGUGGAUUUGACGAUCUGCUUGGACAAACGUAACUCGGCUGGUAAAAUUGAAGUUUGCCAGGAACCGGUUCUCUACCGGAGUACUCUGCAAGUCCGUGUGCUUAUGAAGUACAGCAACGUGCCGACACAGGAUCGGUCCUCCAUCACGAGGAUUGACGUGCACAGCAAGUUCCUGGACGUGAAUGUGUCCUCGCAACAAUUUCCUAUGUUGAUGCGCCUGUUCGAACUGGGAAUGGCACUGAAGCAAGGUAAAAUCAAAAGUGAAACUUCUCUUGGUCAAGAAACGGGAGCCGAGGGAGAAGGUGAGGCCAGCCAGGAAUCGUUACUUUCGUGGGCAUGGAAUCUGCUGCCGUCGUUCUUUCCGGAGGAAAGUGAGAGUGAUCUUUCGGAUGAUCAUGCAUUUCACGUGUUCCAUUCCGGAUGUUACGUUGAUCGGUUGAAGAUCGUUUUUAAAACUCAGGAAUUGGUGGGGGACAGCGUGGUUGGAACGGCGAAAAAGAUUAAAUACAAUCCAUUUCUACAGCUGGAUUUGGACGGUGUCCACGGUGAGGUGCUGAUGUGUGGACUGAAAUGGUUUAAUUUUAGCGGUGGCAUUGCUAAGAUCAGUCUGCAGUCGCUCGACCAUUGUCCUUGUGAACAACCGUUGACUAUUCAGCAGAUCCUGCAAAGUGAGGGUUCGAAUGCGGUGGAAAAUCAACAUAUCAGAAGCUCCUUCUUUGACGACAGUUCCGGCGAGACUCGGAAGUACAAUGUUAACUGGAAUAAUCAUUUGGGGACGUACAGUCAAGAUGUUAUGCUAACCAGAUCGCCGGUUAUCGCAAUGGACGUUGUUCAUGAGGUGCAGGUUCCGGACGAUCGCCGAACGUCGGAUUUCGGCAGUGAUUUAGAGUUCAGUAACCUAUCGGAGAAGUACAUGAUUCGGGCAUUCGUGGGGAAGUUCCAUCUUAACAUCGGUGCCGACACGCUUCAUCGGAUGAAAACGCUGAUAUCCUACAAGGAUGCCUAUGAAUAUUCUCCCUACUACGAUGAAAAACCAACGCCCAGUCUUCAACAGUUACCUCCUCCGUCGGCAGAAGAUUACGAUGCUCUGAUAAGUGAGAUUCCGCUGAAACAGGUUCACAUCACAAUCAUGACACCGGUAGUGGAACUACAUCCGUUCGAUCAUCCCAAAUACGUGCUUGGCCGAAGACGGAGUAAAACACAAGGCCAAACAUCACGACUAACGGUUCGUGUAGAAUUCAACCGAAUCGAAUGUAACAUUCUUACUCCACUGUACCCAAAUCGGCUGAUUUUUAUGACUUGCCAACUACCGGAGCCACCGUCCAAACUGUUCGAUAGUUGUUUCCAAACAAUUUCACUAAAUUUGGAACGAUUCCAAGCAAAGUUGCGGGUUGAUGAUUCAGAAAUGCCCAUCGCGACAGCAAUCAAUCUAAACCAUCAGCAGCGAUUUCUCAUCCUUCCGGAACUCUGGCCCAACAACGAACUAAACAAAAUGGAACGUAAAUACGGUGUGUCCGAUCUGAAACUGGUUCUGAAUCCGCAUCAAAUUGUGACUGUUUUCUCGAUUCUUCGAUCGCUCAUCGCUCAAACCAACGCAUUCAAUCCGCCGUUGGAUGUUCAGGAAAAUGUCUCCUCAUCAACGGUUCCAAUGCUAGAGCUGAAUAUUUCCCACGUACAAUUGCGUCAGAUUUACUCGGAGAAAACCGUCUGUCACAAGUUGACAUCUCGCAGUCUCCGGUGCGUGACGUACACACCCAACACGGCUACCAUCCAACGAUCACUGACAGCCCUCUGGCCGGAUCAUCCGACGGAUGAAGAUUUUCUUACGGCCAUAAUUCAACUACCGAUCGACGGUAGCUUCCACGAACUGGAACAUCCUCCCCUGUUCUACGGUCGCUUUCUCGAUCUCAGUGUCAACGUGGAUCCCACCCUGUACGACUAUCUGAGUCUUCUGUUGGAACAAUCCGCGCUGCACAAUGAAAAUCCCCUGGUUCGAAACCACACACGCCAUUCGUUCAGCCCGCAGAAGUCCAAGGAACGAUUGCAGCUGUCGAAAAAAACACAAUCGCAACCGAUCACUUCGGUACACUCGGGCUCGGAUAAAGUUGACACCGGACCAGCACAACCACAUGCACCACCACCACCACCGCCUAUUCGCCCGCUAGCCGGAUCAACAGUCAUCGAAGACGAAGAAAGUGUACAGCGGGAAGUGAACUCCGGUCGGACCGAUACGGAAUUUUGGAAACAACUGACACGGCGAAUCAUUUUCCAUCUGGAACUUUGCCAUUGUACGGUGUACUUUCCGGAGCAAAGCAUCGUUCAGGAGUCGAUUGGAAAGUGUGAACCCGAGCAGGAGUUUGGUGACAACGAAAUUCUGAUGUUGAAACUUCCGCUGAUCACCGUCAAUUCGGCGUUCAAGUCAACGAAUCUGUCGGCCAGAAUCAAUCGUUUUCCCAUCAGCCUUGCGAAAUCGGUUUGGUCAGACGAUCGGGAAAGUUUCCCGUGGACCGUUUCGUUGGCCAAUGCUUCAAGCUGGACGUACCAAAACAGACAUAUGAGUAAACUGCUGGACGAAAUGGCCACCAACAUUUCGGUUGUGCUGAAUUUUAAGGACGACGGCGUAGCGUCAUCGGCUUGCUUCCACGUCGACACGUCACCGCUGAAGGUAAAUCUAUGCAAGGAUCAACUGGUGCUGGUAAAUGCGACUGUCGGUAGAAUUCUUUCGCUACCGAUGUUCGAAUCGACCCGGGAGGUAAGAGGUGGUAAGAAGGAACCUCAACUGUUGGAGAUAUCGCAGAAAGGUGGCAGCACAGCAACGGCUGCUGAUUUGAGAGACUUUUUGGAUAUUGCUCAUAACUCUAGUGCGACGUCGGAAGAAACGUUAAAAGAGAGUGGUCGAAAGGAUGCGCUGCCGGUGUCCAUCUGGAUGCAAUGGACGUUCUCCAAAGUGACCAUCAAUUGUAUUGCUAAAGAUGAAAGUGGCCAACCGAAAGUGAAACUCAUAGUCGAACUGGAAGAUAUUAUUUUUAGUUUGGACAUGCAGGAUGUUUAUCUGCAGAUCAAAGCUAAGGUUGGCGGUAUGAGUGGACAGUGUUAUGAGUAUGAUGAUGGGAAAGGGAAUUGGAUAAAAAAUGAAGCGCUCGGGUUGACGGUACAAACCGAUGCAGGAGGCUCCAGUAAGUCCGGCAACGACACAUUCCUGAACUUGACUAUUACCAAGGCUGAAACAAACAAUGUUCAUACAAAGUGGGAUACGGUUAAGAAAAAUCGCGAACAGAACGACACUUUAAUCGAGGUCAUUUUGAAGCUCGAACAAGUUGAUUUGAGGUUGGAUCUUGAUCUACUGGAACAGUGUGUCGAUGCUCUAGCUAUAUUCAUGCGAACUGAUGACACAGAAGUUCCCACCAGUAAUCUAAGUGUGAAAGACGUUCCACUAAUCCUGUUCUCUAGCAAAGGUUUGCGAUUGUUUGUACCCCUACGCACAUCGUCGGACACUUGCAAUGCCUACAUCUUCAAGAUCAAUUCAAUUACCAUGCAUCACAACGUGGAAAAUCCGAUUUGUAGAAUCCCGUUGCGACCAGACGUCUACACAAAGGCUGCUCAGAUGCGUAUACUUAAUGUGCCGGGUUCAAAAAUCGAAGAUCGCCAGUACGAACUGGUUCUGCGGGACAUCUCGUUGAGCACUGCCCGUUGGUCGGAUAUAGUGAACUACAUCGAAGAGCAAACCUCCACCACGGCACAUCACGACAAUCCGGCCUUCGAAUGGAACAAUUUGCAAGAUGUUCAACGAUCGCGUGACUUUGAAGUUAGCACAAUUUUUAAGGAAUUUCAUUUCUCGGUUGUCUAUGCGCCCUGCAUCAUUUAUAAGCACGUUCUGAUUUGUGGUCAAGCGAUGGAACUGAACUGUAUGUCCGAUCUGUUGAUGGAUCUUGAUCUCGAUCAGCUACGGUUAGCGGGUCAAAUCUUUCGGAAACUGAUCAAUAUCCUGCACAUUCUGGCACCUUUACCUCAGCAAUCGUCUUCCUCUCAAAGCAGUGUCGUUGAUUUCAACCCGGCUCUGUUUGUGAAUCUUCCCAGUCAGGACACGAUCAGUAUCGAGUCGGUGAAAUCAUUCCGGGACUCAGAACCGUCACGUUUUCGUCGCAGUCAAUCCAAGCUGUCCAAGUUCGAAGAAGAUUCCGGAGUCGAAACGUUCCGGACCUCCGAUGUGAAACAUGCUGGGGCUUCUUCCAGUUGCAGACGAAGCGGUGGAGCUUCCCAUCUGAGGAAAUUUUCAACCAGAUCUUCCUCUGAACAGAUCAAACCAGUAGUUGGUGGUAGUUUACCACCAAAUCAGCCAAUGAUGCCCUAUGAAGUAUGUUUCUUGGGAGGGUACUUCAAAGUUAACCUUUUCGACAAGAAACCACGCGUUGACGAAGAACCUCGACCAUUGUUCCGAAUAGUAUUGGCUCAACCAAACGGGCUACUUUCGUUGAAUCUGUUAGAGCGUGUGGUUCAAAUUUCACUGUUUGAUCUGAUCAUAGAACUGGAUGAUCUGUAUUUGCUAAAAACCCUACCCGGAGAACCGGAUGAUCUUGGAAUACCACAACCAAUCGUGAAGACCCGAUUCAUCAACAGUUUGACUAAGAAAAACAAUGAACUGAAUGUGGAUUUUAGACGACCGAUUAAAUUUACCAUUUCACAUCAAAAAUUGACCGUAAUUCAAGAUCUUCUGAACAUCGUCAAAGAAUCUAUCGGUGGUCCGCCGACUAAACCAUCCACUAGAAAACCACCAAAGAAACUACUCAAACCGAUUCUGAGCCGAAACAAAUUCAAAAUGAUCAAAUCCAAUCUGUACGACGUAGAAACGGUAAACGUGCGACUUUCGCAAGUUAUGAUCCACCUGCAGUACGAAGAUCAGCAAGCCUACAACUGUAAGCUGUCUUUCUCAUCUAUUCAAUCGUCACUGCGAGUACAGGAUCGUCCCGAGCGGUUAUCGUUCUGCUUGGACCUCGAUGAAUUGGUCUUUUGUCAGGGAUCUUUCGUGAUCUUGCACCCCUUUUCGUUCCAUCUACAGGCAGCGUUGAUGCAAGAGUACUGGAAACGUGAUCCUCUGAUUCAGAUGAAGCUACGUUCGAGCUAUCUUCAGUUAGACUUCAAUCCGAAAAAUAUGAAGGAAAUUCAAACAAUGGCCGAACUUUUCAAUGGAGCACUUGCAGCAAAAUCCAGUGGACAGACUGAAGGUCGCACUCCGGAAAUAAACAACGGGAACGUUAGACCCAACCACGAAAAUCUAAUACCGAUCGCAGCACCUAGUUUCUCGCAUCGUGAAUCUAGGACAACAUCCGAUGAACUGUACCAAGACGAUUUGCGAGCCGGAGCGUUUCAGUUUAUUGAGUCCAGCAAAAUGAACGAGCUUCCGUUGCCGUACCAAAUCAAGAUCGUUAACCGGGACGUUGGAAUCAUCUGCUGGCGUUACCCGCAGCCACGUGCACUCUACAAUGUAAACGUUUAUCCCGUGCCAAUGAACUCUGCCAAACCUCUCAUCAUUCAAUGUAAGCUGGAAUACUUCUCCGACAUCUUUGGUGACUUUUUCGAGUUGUGUCAAUUUACCUUGUCCGAAACGGAAAAGGUUGAUCUGAGGCUUCCGUCGCGCAAGAUCGCUUCCGCCAUUUGGCGAAUCGUUAUGACCCAAAGUGUAAUCAAAGAAAACGAUGAUUCGCUUGACACAGACAGUGCGGGCGAAACCGCCGAGCAGAGCAAAUCUAUUAUCGCAAAUAUCACGGACGUCCUGAAAGAUACCUACCUGGCCACGGGACGGAUUGUCAAUCUACCGUACAGACUGCAUCCGAAAAUAUUCGUUGCUUGCAUGCGAGUUGAUUCGAUGUUCACACCCGGGCUGAUUCCGAAUGUGGAAUUGACGCUGGAAUUGCGACCGGUUCAGGUUAAUUUUUUCAACGUGUUUGAUUUUGAGAUCGAUUCAAAACUUCCGAAACCAUUCGAACGCUAUCGUUUCUGUAAGGAAACGUUGGAGUCAAAAAGUCACAAGUUUCUGAUGUUGAAUGCCAGCCUCUUCCGAAUUCAUACGGCCAUCUACGACAACUUUGACAUACUGUUGAGUGGAGAAUUGAGCUUACACUGCGACCUGUUGGAUUACAGCCAUUUCACGUUCGAGAAUGUGCUGGAGCUUGUGAAUCUAAAGGCAACUGCUAUCAUCGAGGAGCAAUCAUUUGAGUUGAAAGUUAUUUCCGAAGAUAUUUCAAUCCGAUGCGGACCAUCGGUCGUGUACAAUUUAAUGGUCGCCGAAAAGGUUUGGAACUCUCCGGAAGAAUCGAUACUGCUGUAUGGAAAGUACAUUGUUUGUAAUCAUACCCAUGUGGGGUUGAAAAUUGGACAGUUCGAAACAGGAGAGUACAUUUUUGUCGGUACACAGGAAUUGUGUAUAUACGUUUUCAGAAGCUUCCACCAUACGCAACAGCUGCAGAUUAUUUUUAACGAAAACACUAAGGAAAUUGCUUCACAACCAUUCUCUGUCGCAAAGGAAGGAUUGUUCUAUGUAAGAAUUCUGCCGAUCCACGAGGAAGAUGUUGAAAACGAAAAAUUGUUCGUGGUGCGGGUGGAAAAUUUGAGCAACGCUCAAAAACGGGUCACCAUCGACGGACAGAUUAGCUUGUUCAAUAUGACUGACCAACGGUUGAAGGUUCAGUACCGGUUUCAUAAAAUCAUACCGAACAGUGAUAAGCAUUACGUGUCCACUAACUUCCUGAUCGACGGAAACUCCAACGCCAAUGUUUUCGAGGCAACCAACAAUCGAAACCAGCAGAGCAUCAAGAUUGCCAUCGAUGGCGAAAAGAAAGGCUGGUCCGGAGACAUACCGAUGCGGGAAAUUAUGAACGGUUCGAAACCUUAUUUGGUCAAGAUUCCAACAGCGAUGACUAAAGAAGGUUACCUGAGCUACUGGGUUAGAAUCAUACGGGAACGGAUUGACGAGUGUGCAGACGACAGGGAAAUGUUUAACGAGCGAGUGCUUGUAAUAAUUUGGCCACUUUUCAUGAUCCAAUCACUGUUGACUGUUAAUACGACGGCCUACGAGGAAAAAACUGAUCAAAGUUUUUCGGUUUAUGGACAAGGAGAACGUCGUCAGCUCGUUGUCUCCGGCACCAAUUCUGACGAACACGAGUUGCUCUUUCGUAUGAACUUCAAGUCACCGCACGGUGAAGACAAGAGGAGAGCCAUGUUAUCGUAUCGCCUCAUCGAUGGUCGAUCCUUCUUUCAAGUACCUGAGCAAUUCCGAUCAGUAGAAACUGCAAUCAAAAUGCUUCAAAAGUGUCACCGCUUGCAGUGGCCCUGCUCUCGAGAGGAUGAACUACGCUGGAAGCGGGAAAACUCCAUCCAAGAGUCGACACUGCCCGUGUAUCGUUGUGAAGCCGCACACGAACUGUCCUGCUGCCUGAUGUUAUGUAUCGCUCCCUGGUGCCUGCUCAUCAACCAGCUGGGCUGCCCGAUACGAAUAAGGAACCAUACCACCGACGAGGUCGGAAUAGUGCAGUCGAAUAACAUUCUCAUGCCACAUUAUAUUGAUACGGCAUUCACGGUCGAGCUGGUGGACCUUGGAAGUGACCUGCAGUCCGAUUUGAUUUAUCUCAACGGUGAGGGAAAGAAACAAACAUCGAGCAGCUAUGUGCUGCCAUUGGAUGGUUCCGUGGAAAUUACGUUGAGAGCAGAUACCUUGGUUUCCCAUCUGGUUCUCAGUUCAGCGAUGGAAAACAACAUCAGAGUGAUCAUUGUCGCGUCACGGUUCGUUGUGACGAACUAUUCCAGCUACGAUCUGCAGUGCUGGUGUUUCGCAGUAUUAACCAACGAACGUUUGGAGCAGAUUAGACCGAACGAAAACGAUCCCCACACCGUUAAUGUCGUUAUUCCGCGUAGUGAUCGACAAUGCGAAAAUCCCCAGGGAACCACGAUCACGACCUUCAGUAAUCUGUCCAAGCACAAAAACAAACUCAAGUUCACCAGCAGUUACAACUGCUACCUGACGUUCUGUCAGCAGGACGGUAGAGAGUUUUCCGGUCCGGUCUACCUGAACCGUUCGCUGUUCCGGAAAAGCUGCUGCGUGCAGUUCGAUGACCGGUUCGUUGCCCUGUCCCUGUCGAUCGUCGAACAUCGCGGGCAGCACUUUGUUACCGUGUACGACGAUCGGUGUCCGUCGUAUGCGGUGGAGAAUCGAACCGAUUUCAACAUCUACGUGGCCCAAUCGGAUUCCAAAGACGCCAGUAAACCGGCCCGGACGGCCGUACCCGAGUGUGCCGUGGAUUCGAACUUCGUUUGGUAUCAGAUUGUCGGUUCUCGGCAAACCGUUUACUAUACCCCACCGGCACUGGAUGCUGCUUUCCCGGAAGCGCAGGAAGUCGAGAUCGCACUGAUAUUUGCUUGCGUUAGUGGUAGCGCCAUACGGUGGUCUCAUCCGGUGAAAAUUGACGAAAGUAAGAACAUUUUUCUUAACAUUCCGCUUUACGGUGAUCUUCGACUGACUAUCAAUAUUCUGAACCGUACCACUGAGGUGAUAAUCGAUUACAUAAGUCAGGACUUGGAAAACUCAAAGAAUAUUCGCUCCAAAGUGUCAAACCCAAUGGCUGAUCCGGCGCAGCACAGUCAACGUCAUCCGGCUCGAAGUAAACGGGUGUCUUUCCGGGGAUUUUUCAAAUCACUCAACUUGACGCUGUUCAACGAUCAGGAGCAGAAAUGUUGCUCCAAGCGGGAUCUGAUUUCGUUCAACUGUGACCGGAUCGGAAUCGAACUGAACUCCACGGCGGGAGGCAGCAAGGCCCUGAUUCAGUUUGUCAACAUUCAGGUGGACAAUGAAUUACACAGUGGCGGCGAGUACGAUUUUCCCGUGAUUCUCUGUAGUGAAGAUCACGAAGCAAAACAACGGCGAGCAAAUGUGAUGCCGUCUCAUCACACUUUGGAAGAGCACCUGCAGGAGCUGGCCCAUCAUGCACUGUGUUCGGUUUAUGCCGAGCUGGAGGCGGGCAGUUUUACAACCAUCGAAGGCGUAAGACUCAAAGUCAAUCCCAUCCGAGCGUACAUCGAAGACACCUACAUCAACAUUCUGUUGGAUUAUUUGAUGGAGUGUUUACCGAUGAAUUUGCUCUAUCAACCAGAACCGGCACUGAAUCGCGUGAAAUGUCACCCCGGACAGGUACUAAUUCCACGGCUGGUGAUUCAUCAAUCGUCCUACCUGGCAGAUCCGAUAAAAUUCCGCUACAUCCGAAUUGAACCACUUCACGUACUACUUUCCGUCCACACGUGCAUGCGAAUGUACAUCGCAUUGGAUCACAGUCCGUUGGACUUUUCCUCGUUCGAACGGAACCAGCUACGAACCGUUCCGAUGCGUUUCGGUAACUGUCUCGGGAUGCACUACCUUUCCGGGGCGAUCUUUGGUGGUGGUUGGGUAAUUGGAUCGCUGGAAAUACUCGGCAGUCCAAGUGGACUAGCAAGAUCGGUUACCAGUGGUCUUCGCGACUUUGUGUCACUUCCCGUACAGGGACUCUUCCGAGGACCUUCGGGUUUCCUGGUAGGUCUUACGCAAGGGUCCACUUCGUUGGUUCGGAAUAUAACCGCCGGAACGGUGAAUUCGGUCACCAAACUUGCCACUUCGGUAGCCAGAAAUCUUGACCGGUUGACGUUGGAUUCGGAACACGUGCAACGAACGGAUGCUCUUCGCCGACGACGACCUCAGGGUAUGACCGAAGGGUUCACACAAGGUCUGACCGGGUUAGGCAUUAGCAUACUGGGAGCCGUAGGUGGAUUGGCUCAUCAUCCACUGCAAGCCGAGCGACCGAUUGAUGUUGUGACCGGCAUGGGAAAAGGAAUAAUCGGUGCUUUGGCAAAACCAAUCAGCGGUGCCGCGGAACUGGUUGCUCUUACCGGUCAAGGAAUGCUUCACAGCGUAGGAUAUAAUACGAUGCCAACACCGAAAUAUUACGAACAAGAUAACCCCCGACUGGAACCGAUCCCUUACAAGGCACUCUGGGAACCACAGGCUAUCUGUGAGGGUCCCCUGCUUUUCGCGGUGCAAGCAACGCUGGCCAAUCGAAACCAGUACUCGCUGGUGGUGAUUGGUGUCUAUCUGAGAACGAUAGUUCUGCUAAACGUUACCCAGGGCCAGCUUUUGGAGGUGCUGGAUCUUAAAACGAUUCUCCCGAGCGUAGAUGCGACCGAUCCAUCAUUGGUUAUACUACGAAUACGACCUGAAUUACCUCCACCGCCGGUGGAUUACAUGUCCUAUCCCAUCUCUAGUCGCACUUAUCAGUUCGUGCAGGAAUCAACCCUUCAGCUUCCGAAACUAUCUGGCUACAGUCUGCCAGUGCAAGUAAAAUCCACCGGUCAAUUAGAAUCCGACAGGAACCUGGACCGUACGAAAUCGACAACCGCCGCUGGUAUUGAGUCCAGUUCACUGGCGAUCAUGGAAGAUGAUCAGGAACCGUGCCGUACUCGAGAUGCUCUGGCGGAAACGGCCGUCGAUAUUGACGAUGAUGAACGACCAGCCGAGGAUGUUCCCAUCAUCGAAGGUGACGACAGCCGACCGGAUGAAAACGAACGCAGACUGGUUCUGUACGUUGACGAAGGUUUGGCCCGGUAUCUGGUGAAGUAUGUCAAUUUGCUGAAGAAAAGCCAACGGUCGGCCGGUACGGUCGUGUUCGGUCCGUUCGGCAGUAAAUAACAUUCCUCUGGUUUUGAUGUUUAGGAAAAUUGAUUGUUUGAAACAGUACCAGGCUAUCAACGAUUUGGAAUUCUUUUCCAAAUGUAAAAUUUUAGUCAGUUUGAAACAAGAAUUGUUGUUUUUUUUUAUUUUAUUUUAUACCACUCCACUGGCAUGCAAUAAAAAUUUAUGUAUCGUUACAUUUCGAAUACAAAUAAGAAACUUUUACAAAUU